AUGGCUACCAAAGAUUCACAACAAAGCGGCAGCAGCCCGAGAGUCGCAUACCUAACACUCUACAACACACUCUUCGCAGCACUAUGGGCCUCAAUCCUCUUCACCGUCAUCUCCACCGCCACUUCCCAUGGUAAACUCGCCGUCUAUGCUGCAGCAGAACCUCGCUCGCGAUGGGUGCAGACACUCACUCUCAUUGAAGUGGUCCACUCAGCCGUGGGCCUCGUCAAAUCCCCCGUAGGCACAACAGCCCUCCAAGUAGUCGCCCGCACAAUCAUAGUCUGGAUGGUCUGCUACAGCUUCCCCGCCACCACAGCCUCCUCAACAGCCUACCUAACCCUCCUGCUGUCCUGGGCGACGGCUGAUUCCAUUCGCUACGCCUACCUGGCUCUGAACCUCCACGGCAAGGCGUCUGAUGCGCUCGUCUGGGUGCGGUACACCAUGUUCUACCCCCUAUACCCAAUCGGCAUCGCCUCGGAAUUCUGGCUCCUCUACCUCGCCGUCGAACCCGCUUCGCGCAUCAGCGCUCUCAUCCCGCCUCUGUUCUACUUUUGCUUGCUGUUGUAUAUCCCCGGCUCUUACACCAUGUACACUUACAUGAUCAAGCAGCGCAAGAAGACUCUCGCAAAGACGAAGAAGACGCAGUAG